AUGGCGUUGGCCCACGGCGUCGUGACGGCAGAGCUCGAGCGGCCGUUGCUUGCGAACGAUCGGCAGGCCUCGAAUCCGCGGGAGGGUCUUACCUCCGCCCAAGCCGCUGCGCUUCUGCAGGAGUUUGGUCGAAAUGAGAUCGUCGAAGAGAAGGAGUCCAUGCUCUACAUGUUCACCAAGCAGUUCCUCGGCACGAUGCCAGCCAUGAUCGAGCUCUCGGCGAUCCUUGCAGCGGCGCUCGGCGACUGGCUCGACUUUUUCAUCAUCGGCGCUCUGCUGCUCACAAACGCGACCCUCGGCUUCAUCGAGGAGCUAAACGCCCAGAGCUCUGUCGACGCCCUCAAGGACGGCCUCAUCCGCAAACUCCCGGUCAAGCGCGACGGCAAGAGUGUCAUGAUUGAGAUCACCGAGGUAGUUCCCGGGGACGUGGUCUUUGUGCGCGGCGGCAACGUCGUGCCUGCAGACGGCCGCUGGCUGCAUGGUGACGAGCUCUCGGUCGACCAGGCUGCGCUCACGGGAGAGUCGCUGCCCGUCGCCGUGCCGCGCGAGGACGGCGAUGAGGUCGGCUCGGGCGAGAAGCUGUGGAGCGGCUCCAUCAUCAAGACGGGCGAGGCCGAGAUGCUCGUCACCGAGACGGGGCUCAACACGAUGAUGGGCGAGGCCGCCAAGUCGAUCCAGGAGUCGAGCGGCCACCAGGUCGGCCUGCUCGAGUCCAAGAUCCAGGCGUCGGGCAAGGUGCUGAUCCUCAUCACGCUCGUCGCCGUCUCGGCGCUCCUCUACUACCAGGUGGUCGUGCGCGGGCAGGAGCUGGGUGAGAUCCUCGAGAUGUCGCUCUGCCUCGUCAUCGCCAGCGUGCCCGUGGCGCUGCCGAUGGUGCUCAAGGUGACGCUCUCCGUCGGCGCAAAGGAGCUCGCGGGGGAGGGCGCCAUCGUCACUCACCUCACCGCGCUGGAGGAGGUCGCCUCGAUGCGCGUGCUGUGCUCCGACAAGACGGGCACGCUCACCACCGCGCAGAUGACGGUCUACCACUCCAUGGCGAAGUGCUGGAACGGCUUCACCGCCGAGCAGGUCCUGACUUACGCGGCAGUCGCCUCCAAUGCGGCCAACAAGGACGACGCCAUCGACCGCGCGGUCUACCAGGCCUUUGCCGAGAUGAGCGUCGGCCCGGGCGGGGACGUGGACGUCGCGGCCGACGCGCUAGGAAAGAAGUUCCGCACCGAAAAGUACUUUGGCUUCAACCCGACUGUCAAGCGGACGGUCGCGGACGUGCUCGAUCUCAACACGGGGAAGAAGUUGCGCGUGGCGAAAGGCCACCGUCGCGAUGGCCUCGAGACCCGAAGCUGUGACAUAUCACUGAUACCACGACACCUGGCCAUAGGCAUUUUCGGCAAGCAAGGCUACAAGACGAUCGCGGUCGCGGUGGGCGUCAACGGAGGCCCGAUGAAGUACGCCGGCACGUUGCCGAUCAUGGACCCGCCGCGCUCAGACACGGCGUCGACGAUUGCCAAUAUCCGCGGCUCUGGCGUCGCCGUCAAGAUGAUCACCGGGGACCACCUCAACAUCGCGAAGGAGAUGGCGCGCCAGAUUGAGCUCGGAACCAACAUCAUGCCCAACACGGAGCUAUGGCCGGUCUCGGCCCAGCGCGAUGAGCUCAUCCACUGGGCCGACGGCUUUGCCCAGGUGAUGCCGAAGGACAAGCACGAGGUGGUGGCGGUCUUGCAGCAGGCUGGCCUUGUCGUCGGCAUGACCGGAGACGGCGUCAACGACGCGCCAGCUCUGGCGAAAGCACAGGUUGGCGUCGCCGUCGCCGGCGCCACCGACGCGGCCCAGACAGCGGCCGACAUCAUCCUUACCCGCGAGGGGCUAGGGCCGAUUUACACUGCGAUCCUCACGUCGCGGCGCAUCUUCAAGCGGCUCAAAGCGUACGUCGUCUACCGCAUCUGCUGCACCGUACAGGUCGUCUGCUUCCUGUGCUUCCUGUCCUUCGUCUUCAACGAGGCCUUCUCCGCGCUCUACAUCAUCCUGCUCGCGCUCUUCCACGACCUGACCAUCGUCACCAUCGCGUACGAUAAGCAGACGCCGUCGGCGCAGCCAGAGACACCGACCGUUCGCGGGCUGGUCGUCCAGUCGUACGCGAUGGGCCUCUUCCUUGCCGCCGGCUCAUGCAUCCUCUUCGUCUACGGCCACGCGUUCAUGAGCGAGUCCUUCGUCGAGUCUUUCAAGUACAAGGAGGCGCUCAUGUUCUUACAGAUCACAAACUCGUCCGCCUUUCUCAUAUUUUCGGCGCGCACCCCCGGCUUCUUCUUCGCUUCGACACCCGACAACAAGCUCGCCGGGUCGGCCAUCGCAUCGCAGAUCGUCGUGAACGGACUCGUUCUCUUCUCGGGCGGUUGGCUGGUGAACGAGCUCCGGCCACAAGAUGUGCUCAUCACCUGGCUGUACAACCUCGUCUUGCUGCUGCUACUCGACGUGGUCAAGAUGGGGGUGCUCGAGGCCGAGGCCCUCCUCGAGGGCGGCGCCUCGCGGCCAUCGGGCCGCAACGCCUUUGCCGGCCUCGCGUCGUGCUGUGGCCUCCUCGGCGGCUCGAAGCGGACGGCGACGUCGGCCGGCCGCGGUACUCGCGCUUCCGUCUCGCGCUUCCAGUCGGGCUCGAGCCGCCUCUCCCAGGCGAACGUCAGCGGGCUGCACAAGAUGAACUCGCUGAAGAACAUCGACGCCCUCGGCUCGCCAAAGUCGCAAAAGGGUGCGCUCCUCCCCGGCCCGGCGAUCGUGGCUGCGCGCGUGAGCGGCUUCGGGAACGUGGACGAGAAGUUCGACCGCUUCCUGCUGCAGCGCCACCAGUAGGCAGCGCGAAUGCGCGUGCGUGUGCGCAUGCACGCACAUUUCUAGAUUUGGCGCUUGCAAGCGAGUCGUCUCGGGGCGCUCUCUUCUCCUGGCCCCACCGUGUCUCGCGCUCGUCGCCCCCAGGCUGCAGAACCGGCCCCAGAUGCGCAUGCACGCACAUUUCUAGAUUUGGCGCUUGCAAGCGAGUCGUCUCGGGGCGCUCUCUUCUCCUGGCCCCACCGUGUCUCGCGCUCGUCGCCCCCAGGCUGCAGAACCGGCCCCAGAAGGGGACGAUCCGGGCGAGUGUGGCAGUCUAGUAUCGUGCCCUGUGUGUGAAGAGUAGUGGCAAUUCGGGAUCGUGAAAAGUUGAUGAAAUCAUUA